UGGGAGGAGCAACGGGACUGGGAGGACCAGGGGAGCUGGGAGGACCAGCGAGGCUGAGAGGAGCGGCUGAAGGGGGAACGUUGACAGCGGACGGAACCGGGAGCAAAGGCGGUGAAAGGGGGAAAGUGCUGUCUCUCUCUCUGUCUGUGUGAGUGGAUCCGGGGCGAGCGGCAACACCGAGCCGGGCCUCAGGCCCAUCACCAUGAGCGAGCUGAGGCGCCGGGGCCGCCUGGAAGACUCCACCGAGGAGCGGGAGUCAGAGUCGACUACCUCUGGAAAUGAUGCGAAAUUGGACUCGGGCAGUGCGGACGCUGUUCCUUCUGUUGAUAAUACUCCAGAGGUGCUGAAUAAGGCACUGUCGGGCCUGUCUUCAAGAUGGAAGAACUGGUGGGUGCGAGGAAUCCUGACCCUGGCCAUGAUCAGUUUCUUCUUCCUCAUCAUCUAUCUCGGCCCCAUGGUUCUCAUGAUGAUAGUUCUCUGUGUGCAGAUCAAGUGCUUUCAUGAGAUUAUCCUCAUCGGCUACAACGUGUAUCAUUCUUACCAUCUGCCAUGGUUCCGGACCCUGAGCUGGUAUUUCUUGUUGUGUGCUAACUACUUCUUCUAUGGGGAGACUGUAACAGACACGUUUUUCACGCUGGUUCAGAGGGAGGAGCCCCUGCGGAUCUUGAGCAAAUACCAUCGCUUCAUUUCGUUUGCUCUUUACCUGGCAGGAUUCUGCAUGUUUGUCCUGAGCCUGGUGAAGAAGCAUUACAGACUACAGUUCUACAUGUUUGGAUGGACCCAUGUGACGUUGCUGAUCAUCGUUACACAGUCUCACCUCAUCAUUCACAACCUGUUUGAUGGGAUGAUUUGGUUUAUCGUGCCCAUUUCCUGUGUGAUUUGCAAUGAUAUCAUGGCCUACAUGUUUGGAUUCUUCUUUGGCCGAACUCCCCUCAUCAAGUUGUCCCCCAAGAAGACCUGGGAAGGAUUUAUCGGAGGAUUCUUCUCCACUGUUUUAUUUGGUCUUGUGCUUUCCUAUGUGAUGUCGGGAUACAAAUACUUUGUCUGCCCAUUUGAGUUCAACAAUGACGCCAACAGUUUCACUGUGGACUGUGAGCCAUCAGAACUGUUCCAGCUCCAGGAUUACGGCAUCCCGUGUCUGGCCCAGUCCAUUUUAGGCUCGGAGACUAUCCGGUUGUACCCCUUCCAGAUUCACAGCAUUGCCCUCUCUACCUUCGCUUCUCUGAUUGGCCCCUUUGGAGGAUUCUUUGCCAGUGGCUUCAAGAGAGCAUUCAAAAUCAAGGACUUUGCUGACACCAUACCGGGCCAUGGUGGGAUAAUGGAUCGCUUUGAUUGCCAGUAUCUCAUGGCGACUUUCGUGAAUGUCUACAUUGCCAGUUUCAUCAGGGGCCCAAAUCCGAGCAAACUGCUGCAGCAGCUGCUGGCUCUCCGCGUCGACCAACAGCUCCAGAUUUUCAAGAGCCUGAAGGCUAAUCUGAUUCAGAAGGGUGUCCUGACGGCUGGGGCUUAGAGCUGAUCCGUUCAGGUCCUACAGCCUGUCGAAUGAAUCCAGCCUCCGACCUUGCUCUCAAAAGACACAGUGCACGUCCAACCUUGUAUCCUACCGGUGAUUUUCUUACGUGACCUCGAGGUCCAAAUCCCUUGCAACACAAAAGCCAAGCAUUUCUUCACGCUCUGGUCGAUACAAUAAUUACUGAGUAGGCACGAGUUUAAUGAUGGGGUCUCAGCUCAUCAGUUGAAUGUUAAGAGCUGUAUUGCCACUGAUGUGCUGAGCCUGUGAUUAACCACCAAACACACACACACACUCCCACAAACACACACACCCACUCUCGCGCACACAAGUGCGUGCACAAAAUUGCUUUCUAUUUUCGAAAAAACAAGAUUUACCAUUGCUGCUUGCAAUGCUAAACAAGUGAGGAGUUUAGAGGCUGAAUCUGAAACUGCGCAAAAAUCAUGGAUCUGAUCCAGUAGAAUACCAGCCCGAGCGUAUUAUGCACCACUCGGGGAAUCUUGUGUUCGUGGUAGCACUGACUUUCUGCGGUUACUUGCUCCUUAGCCAGAAUGUACUCUUAGGGCAGGUUAGAUGUAGCAAUUUGGUGUAACACAAGCCGUGUAAUUUUGAGGGGGGAGAAAACACAUUCAGCUUUUACGUUUGCAUUUGUAGGGCUUCUUGAGGUAGCUGAAGGAGUUUAGAAAAUUGAACUUUGCACUGAUUGUUUUGCUUUAGAUAGAGAAGGCAUAUAGAAACAAGUGGAGUUUGCAAAAAAAAAAGACAGUGGAGCACCUAGCAGUAAUGAGGUAUCGGGCUAUAAUGUCACUGAGGGACAGAGUUCCUGAGAUGGCAUGUUAUUGCUCAUCAACAAUCCAAAGGUUGUGGUCCCACGGUUAAACGGCUGUCCGUUUCUUUGGAAAUUUUCACAAACAGUUGUGGUCCCUUCAGGACAAAUACCUCCACACAGCGCAGUGUCUUCAGCGAUGAGCAAUGUCAAAUGUUACCUUUUUACAGAAGGACCCAUCCUCUGUGUGUCUAAAAAGCAGAAUUUCAGCAUGACCUUACCUCAGCACUGACCCACGUGUUGUUGGAAGGGGAACUGCUGCGCUGUGGUUAUACAUUCACUUGUGCCAGUGAUUCCUCUUCUGGGGAGGUUCCAAGAACAGGCUUGGGGGCCACUUUUACAUACAAGCCGAGAUGGUGUCUGUUGCCGGCUGAGAACAGAGUCAUGGCCCUCCCACAGCCCAGUUUCCAGACAUCAAUGCUGGAUGGUGACCUGGACCCCUGUACAAGCUGAAUUCUAACAGGCACACCAUUGUCCACAUUCCCUGCUGUCUCCGGUCAGUUAGUGCUAAUAAAACUGUCAGUCCAUUCAACUAGAUAUUCCAGGAAGGGCAGGGUAGAUUUGGUGCGCAACAAGUGGGAUUUCUGUCGGUGUCACUGUUCGGCUGGUCACUGGGAUAGGUUUUAGACAGGAUCCAGCAGCCUUCCCUUGCCUUGCCCAGAGAACAUGCAGACAAGAACAGUACAACAGCACAGUAAGUGGGAGGUCAGUGUGAGCUGGGGUGGGGGUACCAGAGAGCUGUCCAUUUCUUGGGAAGACUGAGAGGAUCGACUGCACCGUGCCAGAUUUUUACAGUGUAGUUCCCCAUGACGGAGUUUGGGCAGGAAAGUGGCUAAAAACUCUCAAAGAGCAGGCCCUUCAACUGACUGCAUGAUGAAACAUAGAAUGACCAUGAAUAGCUAAGGGACAUUAUUAUCCUGCUACUGUUUGUAGUCACCCUUUACUUCAUCACCAGUUUGUUUCUGAAAGACUGUAUGCUGAAGUUAAGAGCUUUAAUUCAGGUUUGGGAUUAGGCACUGUUGAAGAGGGGUUACUGACUUGGAGUGGGCAAGGCAGAAGAAUGUAGGAGUUGCUUCAGUUUUACUCAUUUGAAGAACUUCAGUGAGGAAGACGGUCUCCUUUACAACUUGUCCCCCUUGGAGAGUGGUACUGCUGGGAGGUGGAAUAAAUUACUUCAGGUCCCAACAACAGGAGAGACAUGUUUUGCGAAGGAUUGACAAGAGGUGAUUGGUUAAGGACAGGGUAGCUUUGUCUUCGUCUGGGCUCGGUAAACUUUCCGAGGCAGGGAACUGAGAGGAAGUUGAGGUGAAAUGCAUUCUGCAAUGACCUUGAUCUCUUGAAACCAUUUUGAUGAGGCCACCCGUGUCCCUGUAGCUUCACUUUUACCACUUAAUUAAAGAGACAGCGUUGCGCAUGGUGGUGGCAGUUCCUUAACUGGGGCUUGAGUGUGUCCCAGACUGAGGUGCCAGUUUGGAGCAGUUUCAACUUUGAUCCUACUUACUAGGAGCCCAGAAUGUCAUUGAAAAUACAAUUGCUGACUCAACCAGUGAAAUACUUCCAUUGCCAUUCUGCCGAAGGUGGAAAUUAUGCCUGGCUAUUAUGUUUAUGACUGGAAACAGACAAUGGCGUGGAUAAAAAGACUGUGCUGAUAUGAAGAGGCAGGCUGAGCCAGCUCUGUGCGUAUUUCUGACUGAUGCCAGCUCAUUGUUUGGUAAACUGCCCGUUUAUUAUUUCUCUUUAACUCUGAUCAACGAACAGUCAGCUUUCUCAAAUUCCUUGAGAGUACAGAACCCAUAAAAGGGAAAUUCUUGAGAUCUGCAGCCUUCUUCCUAACACUGAUGGCUAGCUGGUGGAUGUGAGGGCGUACUACUGCUGCUUGUCCAGGGUGGGGUGUGGGAAACAAAUGUGCAGGGAAUUUGGAAUUUGUACAGAUCUGCUCAGCUGCGAGGCUGGUUUGAAUUUGGGGAGGGAGGAAAGACCAAACAGCUUCCACAUUUCGAGGCUUCUUGUGUUCACGCUGAAAUCAGGGCUGAAAGUUCUCUCUCUGAAACACUCUGAAGGGUAGCUGGUGUGAGUUGGUUAAAUUUUGGAAUUCUCCCCGAGGUGUGAUCAUCCCUCGGUCCCCUGUUAUAUCUCACUUGUAGCUCAUGCUCAGCCUGAUAUGACUACAAUCAGCAGGAUUUCUGCACUGCAACACAAGUAUGUCUGGAGAUAGUCGGAAGCGCCAAUGCUGGAGGAGAAUCUUGAGAUAACAAGGUGCAGAGCUGGAUGAACACAGCAGGCAAAGCAGCAUCAGAGGAGCAGGAAG